AUAUGGAUGUGGAUGUGGGCAAAGCACCAGGUUUAUUUGGGCAGCUCUUUGGGUUGGAGGUUGAUGUGAGCUGUCGGCAGGGGAGGACUGUCCCCUUCAUGCUCCACAAGAGCUGCAUGGCGGAUCCUGGCAGGUUUGGGGGCUGAGGGCUGGAGAUGCCCCAUUCCUCUAGAGGGAUUAUUUAUUGAAUAUUACUUGAAGUCCAUUUCCUUUGCCCUGUCUGCCUAUUAAUGUCUCUCCAGACUAUAACCUACCCUUCACCACCCUGACGGGCCUGCUCCAUCCAUGGUGGGGCCGAGGCCUUCAGGGAAAAGCCUCUUUCUCUCCAUUCCCUGCCCUCCUCAAGCUGUCCCAGGUGAGGCCCACAGGGAAUUAAAUUCAUUGAGCUGAAAACUCUACCAUGCAGUCUGCAGCUUGGGGAGGGGGCAGCUACCCAUUGAGGCAAGGGUGGGCAGUGGUUCUGCAGAGGGGACAUGGCCCUGGCACUUGUUUUGCUGUGUGGCUGCAGUGUUGUGUUGAGCUCUUGCACCCUGCUCAUGAAGAUGGUGCUCAGUGCAUCAUAUCUGGGGAUCAUUUCCAAGCCCCCACCCUAAAUCCUUUGGGAUUUCUCUGCCCAAGACUUUCCCUAUGCACUUCUCAGGUUUGUGUCAGUGUAUGUCUCAACUGGAAGCUCGUAAGUGCUGCCCAGGGAGCAUCGGGGUCAGUUUGAUCAUUCCUCCUCUCCAAAACUGCCCCCAUAUGCAGAGAGGAGCUGUCUCCCGUUUGCUGCUAGGCCCUCUGGCAAGGCAGGAAAGCAGCUGGAGGGCUGCCUGCCCCAGCAGCAAUGCUGGGAAAGCUGGGCUCAGCAGGUUGGUGAGAGGCCCCGUGAUCCAAGCCCCGCUCACAGCAGAGCUGAUGGAGCCACCGAAGCUUCGGGAGCUGGCUAGUAUUUCCCUGCUAACACCCUCCAGAGAGGAUCUGGGAUUUGGGCUUACUCCUGGCUGGAGGGAGAGGUGAGGGAUGGGGCAUUGAGUGGGAACCACAUCUGCCCGCUCAGACUGCCUUCCUGGGGGGAUGUCUGGGAAUGGGACAGGGCUGAGCUUAUGCAAAAUGGAUCGGAGAGGCUGGAUACCUGCUGGGGCAGAGGGCUUGUCGAGUGGCACAUGCUUGUCAUCGUCCCUUUGGGUAAGGAACCAACUCCCCCCAGCUGCCCUUUGGGUUGAGUGUGCACUGGGUGCUGUGCUGUGAGUCUCUGGGGACACCACACCAUCACCUGCCUGUGCUGUCCAGCACAGGAGUUCUGGCUUGUACAGGAGCCAUGUCUGGCCAAUUCUGCAAUGCCUAAGUGGGAUGCCUUUCCCUCUGGGUGGGAAAUGUUAGGUUUGGACUUUAUUCAGAGUGAGUGUGUGGUGUAUGGAGCAGCUCGGACUUCCUACCUCUCUGCCAUGAGUUGUUUGGGAAUUCCUAAGGACAGUGCAGGACAGGAGGUCUCCUGCCAGCCCAAUCCUUGUUUGAAUGGGAUGUUGACAGCUUGACUGUGUGGUGCUGCUAUGAGGUUCUAUUUGGCCUCUCAAGGAGAAAAUGUGAUGGUGUAUCCCAAUAGCAAGGACAUCUCUCCUCCAAGCUGGGUGCAAUAACCCAUGCUCUGGCUUCUGUCCUGUUUUCUGUUUCUAGAGGCACUAGCUGAUCUUCAUCAAAGCCCUCAGGUGUUUGCCUCAGUUUCUCUAGAGGCUUACCUGUCCCCAUGAUGGGACUGUGUUGCAGCCAUGACAUAACUCUCCUACAGUGAACUCACAUUGCCUUUAGUUGCUGGCGUUCUCUUCCCCUACCCGGGUCUAUUUGUGUCUCUCACUUGCAGUCUCAAACCAUGAACUAUGUGGGGCAGCUGGCUGAGAGCGUCUUUGCCACGGUGAAGGAGCUGUACCAGGAUCUGAACCCCGCCACCCUGUCAGGCUGCAUCGAUGUGGUCGUGGUGAGGCAGCCCGACAACUCCUUCAAGUGCUCCCCAUUUCACGUGCGCUUUGGGAAGCUGGGGGUGCUGCGCUCCAAGGAGAAGGUGGUUGACAUUGAAAUCAAUGGAAAGCCUGUGGAUCUGCACAUGAAGCUGGGAAACAAUGGAGAGGCCUUCUUUGUCGAGGAGUUAGAGGAGCAUGAGUGGUGCCCAAAGGAUGCUGUUGAACCCUCCUGUGGGCAGGAGGCCUCGAGCUUUGGAGUGAUCCUGCACAAGAAGAGGCAACGCAGGAGAAGGCCCAAGAAGAAGGAGGUGUUGGACUCAGAUUCUGACAGCUGUGAUGAGACCGAAAACAAGCUGCCAGCCCCAAGCUUCAUGGUGGGCCAUCAGUAUUCUUCCAAAAGUGAUUCUGAACUGGAGAUCAAACCACGGGGAAGUUUUUCUCUAGCAGCUGAAUCCCACAUGAAGUGGACAUGGGGAAGGCUCCCUCAGAUGAAUAAAUUGGUGCAAGUUGAACCAACCAAUUCCACAAAGAUCACUGCUGCUGCAGCAACCACUAUCUCUGCGACACUGGUCCCAGUGGAUGAGGCCACUCUUGUUGCCACCUCUGAACAUCUGGGAGGGGAUUCAAGUCCAGCAGAACCUCAGGGCCAUUCCUUGGCUGUGUCUGCAACUGAGCCAACACUUGCACCCCAGACUGGGAAUAGCAUCUCCAGGCUGAGGAACAUCCUCCGUGCUGUCAGGACAAAGAGAUUUUUGGGGGCCUACUCAGUCCCACAAGAGAAACAGAUGAGAGAUGUGAAUGUUGUGCCAGAGGUUCAGCCAGAUGUGGAGGCCGUUGAGGGAGCCACUGCUCCAAGGCAGGCAGGCUCAGAAAGCCCCACGUCCCAGCUGGAGAGGCAGAGAAGACAAGGAUCCAUCACAAGAAGUCCUCACUUGGGUCCCAGUGCCAUUUACCUGGAAGACUUCUCUGAGCUGGACAAGAAGCCAGUGGCUCCCUAUUUGGCCGGGAGUGACACAGAGCAGAGUUUGAGGCCUGUGACAGACCCCAGCAGCCCUGUGUGUAUCCAGCUGCCAUCCACCUUGCCUGCCAACAGCCCCAUGGACUCUGACUCGAUGCCCACAGUUGCCCUGUCACUGUGCGGGGGCCUCAGGGGCAACAGGCCAAUCUCUCAUGAGAAGUUCAUGGAACACAUGGUUUCCUACCAGCAGUUUGCUGAGAAUCCAAGGCUCAUCAGUGACCCAAACCUGGUGAUAAUGAUCAACCAGAAGUAUUACAACUGGGCAGUGGCUGGUCCCAUAGUCCUGGCCCUGCAGGCUUUCCAGAGGAACAUUCCUGAGAGCAUCAUUGACCAAUUGGUAAAGGAGAAGAUGCCCAAGAAAGAGAGGAGAUAUUGGUUGUCCUGGAGGAGGAGAGAAUUCCCAACAGAGGGGAACACAGCUCCAUGUCAGUCGCUGAAGAACCAGAACACCCCUCCCUGCCUGCAGCAGCAGCCAAGGCCAAGGAAAGCCAGCGUGGGAACACUGUGGUGUGACCCUGCUCAGCAGAGGUGGGAGGAAAUGGAGUCACCCAGUGACAAUGAGCCCCAGCACCCUGGGGACAUAUCCACAGUGGAAGCUGCCACUCACAAUCCCCUGCCAACCUUCAAGAAAUCCCUGCGGCUCUCCUCCAAACAAAUUGGAAGGUUGAAUCUGCAGGAUGGCCCCAACGAGGUGGCAUUCAGCGUGACGACUCAGUACCAGGGUACGUGCCGCUGUGAGGCCACCAUCUACCUGUGGAACUGGAACGAAAAAGUGGUGAUCUCAGACAUCGAUGGCACCAUCACCAAAUCGGAUACUCUCGGACAUAUCUUGCCACAGCUGGGUAAAGAUUGGACUCACCCUGGGAUUGUUAAACUCUUCCACAAAAUCCACCUGAAUGGCUAUAAAUUCCUCUACUGCUCAGCCAGGGCUAUUGGCAUGGCCCACAUCACCAAAGGCUACCUCAAAUGGGUCAAUGAGCAAGGCUGUGGCCUCCCCAUGGGCCCCAUGCUGCUGUCCCCCAGUAGCCUCUGGUCUGCCUUCCACAGGGAAGUGAUUGAGAAGAAGCCAGAGGUGUUCAAGGUCACCUGCCUGACAGACAUCCGAAAACUGUUUACUACAAAGUGUCCCUUCUACGCGGGCUUUGGGAACAGGCCCAAUGAUGUCUACACUUACAAGCAAGUGGGGCUGCCAGAGAGCCGCAUAUUCACAGUAAACCCCAAGGGAGAGCUGAUCCAGGAGCUCUCAAAGAACCAAAAGUCAACGUAUGAGCAGCUGUCGGAGCUGGUGGAGGUCUUCUUCCCUCCUGUGGACAGAGACACUGCUCUGGUGUCCCCACAGUACAGCCACUUUGCCUCCAGGAGACCUCCACGGCCUGAUGCUGACUUGGAUGGCUUGCCCUAACCCCAUCCUUGUGGAGAACUGACCCAGAGCUCUCCUGCAUGUUCUUUGCCAGGACUAACUGCUCCAGGUGCACCUUGUCCUCCCUGUUUGCUGCUUGGGUAUUUUGCACUUGUAAUAGAGGCCAUGACACCCCUUAGCAGGAAGCCAAAGGGAGUAAGAGGGAGUUCUGACUCUACAAAAACUCCAUUUGCUAAACACAAAUUCCUGAAAGUUGGGUCUCUUCUGGUGUUUGUAGCUCCUCUAAAGUCUGGCUCUUUUAAAAUGUGCUGGUUGUUCACUGUUGUAUUUAUUGAUGAACCUCUGACAUAGCUAUUACUACCUCUGGUAUGACCAGUGUUCCAGACAGUCCAGCUACCUGCAGUUUGGCAGCUGAAACUGCCCACCAACUUGUAAAGGCCGAUGGAAGAUGCUGGGCUUUUGAGUGUUGUUGUGGUGUGUUUUGUUUUAGAGUUCAGGAUUGCCCCCUAUUCUCUUCCCUAAUCUCCUUCCCUCCCCAGCUGUCAAUCUUCCCAAGCUCUUCCCUAACCUUCUCCCCUCCAAGUUGCCAAUCCUCCCUUUCCCUGCCCCUUUCCCUAGAACAUUCCCUGUCACUCCUUCUAGUCCCCUCCCCUUCUUCCAGAGUGUUCCCUGUCCAUUUAGCUACACUCGACACCCUAUUUGUCACUUUGUGUUACUCCACUCCCCCAUUUCCCAUUUCCAUUAUGAUAUGUUAGUGCCGCCUUAAGACCCCUCCCCAGUUCUACCCUCAUUGGUUAUUGUUCCUACACCCGGCUCCCGAGUUUCUGUAUAAAACCUUCUGUUUGCCCUCCCAAGCUGGUCUUGGGGCUCCAUUUUCUCCACCCAAUAAACCCAUUGUGGAACACCCUAA